GGAGGGCGGCGCGCCGGCCGAAGUUGGGCCAGCUCGCGGUGCGGCGGCUGCGAGGGGGCUGCAGGUGCCGCGGGAAGAGCCCGCCCGACUUCGGGUAGGCAGCCGGGCGCUGUGGCCCCUGCGGCUCAGCUCCCUGCGGGGUCCGGUGUCUCAGUCCCGCGACUUCCGGGACCCGCCGGCGCUUCGGGGAGCUAGUCCAAGGGCAGCCUUCAGGGCUAGAAAGCGCACGGCGCGGUCGCCCGGGCGGUCCUCAGCACCGGGGCAGUGCGGCUGGCACUCCGGCUCCCGCAGGAGCAGCGGGCGGGGUGGGGUGAGGCGGGCCGGCCCCCUCCCCUCCCUCCCGCCCCCUGCCCUCCCUUCCUCCGGUCCUGCAGCCAAUUAGACGGCCCCCUCGAGGGGGAGGCGUGGGGCGCUGCAUAAAGAGGCGGGGAGCUGUCACCCCGGGAGCAGGCUUCGCAGUGCCGGGGCCGAGCCGGUGCGCCGCGGACUCGGGCGCCUCGGGCCAGGGAGCGCGGAGGAGCCAUGGCCACCACUAACGGGGCCGUGGAAAACGGGCAGCCGGACAGGAAGCCUCCAGCCCUGCCGCGCCCCAUCCGCAACCUGGAGGUCAAGUUCACCAAGAUAUUUAUCAACAAUGAAUGGCACGAAUCCAAGAGUGGAAAAAAGUUUGCCACAUAUAACCCUUCAACUCUGGAGAAAAUAUGUGAAGUGGAAGAAGGAGAUAAGCCCGACGUGGACAAGGCUGUGGAGGCCGCACAGGCCGCCUUCCAGAGAGGCUCGCCGUGGCGCCGGCUGGAUGCCCUGAGUCGCGGGCGGCUGCUGCACCAGCUGGCUGACCUGGUGGAGAGGGACCGCGCCACCCUGGCCGCCCUGGAGACGAUGGAUACUGGGAAGCCGUUUCUCCAUGCCUUUUUCAUCGACCUGGAGGGCUGUAUUAGAACCCUCAGAUACUUUGCAGGGUGGGCAGACAAAAUCCAGGGCAAGACCAUCCCCACAGAUGACAACGUCGUGUGCUUCACCAGGCAUGAGCCCAUUGGUGUCUGUGGGGCCAUCACUCCGUGGAACUUCCCCCUGCUGAUGCUGGUGUGGAAGAUGGCACCCGCCCUCUGCUGUGGGAACACCAUGGUCCUGAAGCCCGCGGAGCAGACACCCCUCACUGCCCUUUAUCUCGGCUCUCUGAUCAAAGAGGUCGGGUUCCCCCCAGGAGUGGUGAACAUUGUGCCAGGAUUCGGGCCCACAGUGGGAGCAGCAAUUUCUUCUCACCCUCAGAUCAACAAGAUCGCCUUCACCGGGUCCACAGAGGUUGGAAAGCUGGUUAAAGAAGCCGCCUCCCGGAGCAAUCUGAAGCGGGUGACGCUGGAGCUGGGGGGGAAGAACCCCUGCAUCGUGUGCGCUGACGCUGACUUGGACUUGGCAGUGGAGUGUGCCCAUCAGGGAGUGUUCUUCAACCAGGGCCAGUGCUGCACAGCCGCCUCGAGGGUGUUCGUGGAGGAGCAGGUCUACGCCGAGUUUGUCAGGCGGAGCGUGGAGUACGCCCGGAAACGGCCUGUAGGAGACCCCUUCGAUGUCAAAACAGAGCAGGGGCCUCAGAUUGAUCAGAAGCAGUUCGACAAAAUCCUAGAACUGAUCGAGAGUGGGAAGAAGGAAGGGGCCAAGCUGGAAUGCGGGGGCUCGGCCGUGGAAGACAGGGGACUCUUCAUCAAACCCACUGUCUUCUCAGAAGUCACGGACAACAUGCGGAUUGCCAAAGAGGAGAUUUUCGGGCCAGUGCAACCAAUACUGAAGUUCAGAAGUAUCGAAGAAGUGAUACAAAGAGCAAAUAGCACUGACUAUGGACUCACAGCAGCCGUGUUCACAAAGAACCUUGACAAAGCCCUGACGCUGGCUUCUGCCUUAGAGUCUGGAACAGUCUGGAUCAACUGCUACAACGCUCUCUAUGCACAGGCUCCAUUUGGUGGCUUUAAAAUGUCAGGAAAUGGCAGAGAACUAGGUGAAUAUGCCUUGGCCGAAUACACAGAAGUGAAAACUGUCACCAUCAAACUUGGCAACAAGAACCCCUGAAGGAAAGGCGGGGCUCCUUCCUCAAACAUCGGACAGCAGAAUGUGGCAGAUGAAAUGUGCUGGAGAAAAAAUGAGAUUUCUGACUUUCCCAGGACACUUUCUUCUGGAGGCUUUAUGUCUACUGGAGUUGAAUAUUGCUGUUUUCCUCUCACUCGCGUGUUCGUUGACCAAACUGGGGAUGCCCUUAUGUUGUGUGUGAAAUCGCAGUCCCGCCUGAGGAGGGAGCUGUUGACCAUUUCUGUUUUUAACCUUAAGCCCAGAUCCCAGAGACAGUGAGAAACUCAGGGCGUUGUUAACAGGGAGUGGUAUUUGAAGUGCCAGCAGUUGCUUAAAAUGCUUCGGCAAAUCUAACUCCAGUAAGAGUGUGGGAAAAACGCCCUGCGUGUUCUGAAAGCAGGGCUGUUGCACCUGUGGUCUCCUCAGGGUGGACCCGCUCAAAGAGCAAGCCACACCUCUUUCCGAGGGAAAGGUGGGACCAUCCUAUGGGAAAGGAUUCACACUAAGUUUGUUUGUGUGUGUGUGGUUUUUUUUUUUUUUUUUGGAUUUCACAGUGGGAAACUUUUGGGAAAUGCAUACCAUGGAAGGGUGCCAGAGGCUUUGGGCAUGCACGGUGUGGGUCUUUGUGGACCUCGACCGUGAGCUGCAGCUUCAAAGUAAUACAGCCUUUGGAAUAUGACAGGAUCAGUGGCCCAGAGAGCUUAGUCAAAACGAUAUCAUGGUCUACCUUAACCAAGGCACUUUCUUAAGCAGAAAAUAUUGUUCAUAUUACCUUUGCUGCUAAAGAUUCAAUCUUUUAACACCACAACAGCAUAGCAAAUCCUAGGAUGGUUAACCACCCCCUCAUUUGACAAAUCAGAGUUGUAAUUCGCUUUAACAAAUGAUGCAUUUUUAUCAUAUUGACUAAUGGUUUAUGAGAAGUCUAUGUAAUUUCCCUUUGCUCUAGUCCUGUCAUCCACUGUACAUUGGUGAAGCAUACACAACUGGAAAGACUGCUGUGAUAACACAGCCUUGUUAUUUUUAAGUCCUAUUUUGACAUUAAUUUCUGAUUAGUUAGUAAAUAACGCCUGGAUUCCAUGGAGGACCUGGGUCUUUAUCCAAGUGGCCUGAGGAUUUCACUGGCAGGUUGUGAAUUUUUCCUCUUCAGGUGACGUGCAAUUUCAUGUUUUUACUUGGGAAACCGAAUGUGUUCCCGUAUAGCUUUAAAAACAAAAACACAAACGUAUUAUUCAGAUACUUUUAUGGUUACUAACUAGUACUUUUCUAAUUGGAAAAGUGGUGCUUGAGUUUGCAAACUAAGUUGGAGAGGGCAAUGAUAUAAUGAAGCCCCGUAGCGGAGCCAGUGUGUGUGUAAGGAAAACCAUGAACAAAAUGGGAUAUGAAUCACCGCAUUUACCUUCUCUUUAUCAGUGAACACUUAUCACUUACACUACCAAUAACUUGUUCAAUCAGGAUUUGACUUCAUACACUGAAUUUUCAGUAUUUAAUCUCAAGUAGCUAUAGACACUAACCUUGAUAGCAAUACGUUAGAGGGUUCCUAUUCUUUCAUUGUACAAUAAUGUCUUUAAUAUGAAAUGCUACAUUAUUUAUAAUUGGUAUAGUUAAUGUAUCUUUUUAUAGUUGUAAGUACACAGAGGUGGUAUAUUUAACCUUCUGUAAUAUACUGUAUUUAGAAAUGAAAAUCUAUAUAGUGUUAGGUUUCCCUUCUUUUAAGGUUUACCCCUGUGGUGUGGUUUAAAAAUCUAUGGGCCUGGGAACUCUGAUCCUAAGUGCAGACCGUGUUCUACAAUGUGAGAAUGAAUAAAAUUGAGUAUUUGCGGAA